AUGAGGGCCAUAAUGGGCCUCUAUCCGGUAUUACUUAUCAUAUUACUCUGGCAUAAUGCGAAAACUGAAGAUAUCGAAGAUUUUUCUAUUGAGUCAAUAUUAGAUCAAGUAGCAGUCCCAAGUCAAAUAAUUAAUGAAUUCGUUAAAAAGACCGAAAAACAACCAACUAUUGAAAAAUAUUCAAACGAUGAGUUCGAAGAUUCCACUGUUCAUUAUGAAAAUUCAAAUGGUUUCGUACCGUUAAUAAUAUCAAAUCAAAACAAACAGACUCAAAAUAAUAAAGAUACGAGUCAGCUGGUGAAUAAUAUUAAAAGAAAACGUAAAUUUAAUAACGUAGAUCAAAAUGUUUUUCGUAAAGUUGACCAAAAUCAUUCCCAGUCAGUGCACGAUAAAGAUAAUCGUCGAUCAUUUCGCAUCGAUGAAAAUCGCGAUGAUUUUGAGUUGCUCAAAGUUAGUAAUGGAACUCCAUCAAUAGCGAAUUAUGAUUCAUUUUAUGAUCAUUUGAAGGCAACAUCUACUAAUUCGGACAAUCCACAAGCUAAGAAGAAAAAUUCUCACAAUAAAAAUAGAGAAAGAGGUAAAAGAAUUCAAAAUUUUCACGGAAAUUAUGAAAUAAAUAGUGGAAAUACUGAUCAUAAUUCUAAUAAAAAUGAUGAAAAAAAAAUAACUCAACCAAAAAGAGCUCAAAAUUAUUAUAAAACUGACAUCUCAGAUAAUAAUCGUGUGCAAAAUGUGUCGAUAGUCAAAGCUAAUUCAGUUCCAUCGACCACAACUGUGGUAUCAAUUGUAGAAGCUCAAGUGAUAAAGAAUGAUAAAACUGACGUUAUCAAUGCAUACAAACCAGCAAGCCCGGUUCAGCCUAAUAUUUAUAAAAAUGAAUUUAAAGCUAAUGAGCAAAAAGUAGCGCCCGUUUCUUUAAAAUUGAAAAAUAGUCCCAAGCAUGCAGUCGUUACGGAGCAGUCAUUCGACGCAAAAGGAAAUAGUAGACAUUAUGAAUCUGCUGACUCCGGUGAUUUUUCUAAUGAAAAUACAGAUUACGUGGAUGUUACUGAUAAACCUCGUCGCACUCAUAAAUUAAAUAGAAAACGCCCGCAAAAUUUUGAAUCAACUAAAAAAUUGCCCAAGGAGCAUAGGCAAACUUACGAAGAUUCUUACGAUGAUCAAGAUAGAAGAAGGCCUUCGACGAAAACAAAAUCAAGGUAUCGUCAAAAACCCAAGCAAAUAGUGAAUGAGGAGUAUGAUAAUUACGAUAAUUACGAUGAAAAUUCAAGCCGUUACUCAAAUGCUAAUAAAUUUAAUGAAGGUAAUGGAUGGAGUCAAAUUACUCCCAAUGUUGAAGUUUCGCAAUCUAACGGAUUUCAGCUGAACCAAAUCGAAAAACCCAAACUCCAUAUCAUUCCAAUAAAUAUAAUGACAAAUUUUGAUCAUGCUACUGCUCUCGACAAUAGCCAAGGCUUUGAUAUAAGUAACGCCAUGAUAACGGGCUAUUCUGGAGAAAAAUCGUCUGGAAGUACAUCAAAUCCGGUAUACAGUUCUUCGUCAUAUGACGACGAUGAGUUCGUAGCAUCUUCAACGACGUCUAGACCGCAAAUUAGUAUGUCAACGUCGGUGCCUGAUAUUAUUGUUGGACAUAGCUCCGCUCAUAAUCCCGUUCGAGCGGUAUUUUUCCCAAGUGACAUGCAGAAGAACUUGCAAAAUCAAGGAGGCGUUCAAAGUACAGUAUCACCGGUUAUUCUCGCAGUAACACCACAAACUAAUUUUGAGGUAUCAUCUACUCUGUCUCCAAAUAUUCAUCAUAUGCUGAACCAGGCCCAGUCAUCCUACUUGAACAGUAGACCUCAUUCAAAUAAAAAACCGCACAAAUAUAAAGCUUCCGGUGAAAAACCGUAUUCUAGCUAUUUUCCGUAUCCACACCCGACGAGCAGAUCAAGCACCCCUUAUAAAAAAAGAUACAAUAAUGGCAAUGAUGCUGAAUACAUAGCUUCAGCAAGUCUAGCCGUAAGUCAAGGAAAGUAUAGACAAUCGCAUAAGAAUACUCGUAAUUAUAGAACAAAAAAUAAAAAUUUGAAUGAUCAAAAUAUAAAGUCAUCGAGCAAUCAAGGAUCAAUGGGAUCAAGUUUCAAUAGUCCUAUUACCCAAUCUACUGUAGUUCCAGCAAUUUUACAUACGGGUAUAGGUUUUAUUAAUAAUCAACCGAUAGUGCCUAGCACAUUAUUAUUCACAAAUCCGCAACAAAAUGCCCAAAUGUUACAAGCAACAAAGGAAGCUUUGGAAAAGUCCAUUCAACAAUUGCAAUUAAAUCUCCAAAAUAACCAGUACCAAAUAAAUAGUUUGAGCAAUGCAGAUAGCAUCGGUGGAGCAAGUAAUAAUAUUAAUUCAGUAAACAGCUUGAUCAAUCCAGUACAAAAAGCUCAAUUGCCAAUUUUAGGUGCGAAAAAUGUUGAAAUAAUAAAUCCAAAUCUGCAUUCCAAUACUUUUGCGAUUCAGCAAAUACCAACUGCAUUGGUAACAACGCCCAUCCCAAUAUUUACUACCACGGGCUUCAUCUCAACAAAGCAACCUACGUCUCAAGAUAGCGGGGGCCCAGAUAGACAGCAAUACAAUCCUAUUCAAUUCAUUCCAAAUUACGACCUUGUGAAGACUCAAUCGAUUUUGAAUAAUAAUGUGCCACAAGAUUCGCUUACUCAACAAAACCUGAAUUUGGUAUCCAUAGUGCCUGGAGGUAACUUUUAUAAACAAUCUCCAGGAACUCAAGUUAAUUUAUCAAAUAAGCCAAAGUUGAGCUCAGAUCUGGAAAAAUAUGCCGAAGAAAUGUUUAAGGAGUCUUUAAGAACUAUUUAUAAUUCGCACAAGUGGAACAACGAUAUACGAACAUCUAUACCUAAUACAAGUUCAGUUGACAAUUUGGAAUUAGCAAGAUUAAGGAAUGAGUUGCUACGAAUUCAAAAUAAAUUGAAGAAUUCCAAAGGAAAUAAAGAAGAGUUAGAGGCCCAUCAUUCAGAGCAUAAAAUAAAAACAUCUAAACCUGGUAAGCAUUCGAAGCGACCAGAUCUGUCAAAUAAUGGAUCGCAUAAAAAGCCCAUUGGAAUAGCUUCUAGUCCAAAUCACCAAUCGCAUCAUAACAAGCAGAAAUCUGAAAUUAAUGACUAUUUAACUCCUCCAAAAGUCAAUUCAUUUGUGUCUCACAGUCAAUUCCAGAAUACUAAGCCAUCUAAAAAGAGGCCUAAUAAUGGAGUGAGGCCGCAUUCAAAUCACGAUAGCAACAGACUUCGACCAAGGCAAGGAAUUGUCAUGAGUAAACCAAAAGGAUCCGAUUCUCAAGCGAGCUCAUUGGUGCACUUCAGAUAUCCCAUUCGAGUUCCUGAAAAAAAUUAUUUUAGUCAUUCUGAUCAUUUUUAUCCUCAAGUCAACAACUAUCCUUCCUUCACAACACACUCACCUUCACCAAAAAAUAAUAACAAUUUUAAAGCUUCAGUAGAAUUAAAAUCGGCAGAAGGUGAUUAUUAUGAUAUGAAUAAUCAAAGAAUGCACAAUUUGAUGGGUCUGCUAAUGAAAAAUAAAGCUUUACCAGCUGGCAUUCAACAAUUUAGUAGGCAAAUUCAAAAUGAUGGACAUAAUCAAUUUCAAUUUUAUCCCUACGUAGAUAUGAGAGGUUUCAAGAAGAAAGUAGAUACGCAACAGCAACCAAUUUUAUUAAAUGGAAAUUUAAAAAAUAAUCGUACCAACGUUUGA